CCGAUAUUAACUCAUUCCAUCACUCGAUUGUACUCGGAUCUCUAAAGAAGUUAGUACUAUUCAAGCCGUCACCGUAGUAUCGCGUUGAAGUGAUCUUCAGGAAAUAAGCUUUCCUUGGAACUCAAAUAUGGCAUUCCAAGGAAUGAAAUACGAAGAUGAGUUAAAGAAUAAUCCAGACCUGAAAGAGGAAGACAUGCAGAUGUUAAGAGACUGGUACAAGAAACAGCCUCAUCUACCAAAAAUAACAGAUUCCGAAUUGGUAUUAUUUCUACAUAGUAAUUACUAUCGGAUGGAACCCACAAAAACGACUAUUGAUGCAUAUUACACUGUGAGGAGCCACGUACCCGAAUUCUUUUCCAAUAGAGAUCCUUUAGGGUCGAAGGAAUUAAGGAAAUCUUUUCAGACAAUAACUAUCCAAGUUUUAGAGACGAAAACGCCAGAAGGUUACGCUGUUCUUUACGGAAGACUAAUCGAUACGGAUCCUUCGAAUUAUGUCUAUAACGAUGCAAUGAAAUUUCUGAGCAUGGUGCUUGAUUUGUGGCUUUACAAAGAAGGCACAACUCAGGGACAUAUCAUUUUAUUCGAUAUGAAGAACGUUGUAUUCGGUCACGCUGCUCGAUUGAAUCCGAUGGGUUUGAAGAAGUAUCUUUUUUAUUUGCAAGAAGCAUUGCCAGUUCGCUUGAAAGGGUUCCAUUUUAUGAAUAUUACGAGCGUGAUGGAUGUGAUACUGAAUAUGAUGAAACCGUUCAUGAAGAAGGAAUUAUUAGACAUGCUUCAUACACAUACAACUUUGGAUACAGUAGCGAAAUUUUUACCAGUGGAUAUAUUACCAAACGAGGCAGGUGGAAAGGCUGGUCCGUUAAUGCAACUCCACGAAAAGUCUGUCAAAAUGCUCGAGGAUAAUCGUGACUGGUUUUUGGAAGAAGAACAAACAAGGCGUGUUAAUGAAUCAUUGAGAGCAGGUAAAGGGAAAACAGCGACCGAUCUGUUUGGCGUUGAAGGCACUUUCAAGAAACUCGAUAUCGAUUAAAUGUUCAAUUGUCUAUACAGAUUUAAACAAAUUCGUUAAAGUCCAUCCAUUGAGAUAAUUUAUGAAUAAAUGAGCAUAAAUGUU